CUUACAAUAAAAGCUCAGUUUUUUCCUAAAUUCAGUUUACAUGAAACAUUUUAAUAUUGUGAAAUAUAGUGUUAAUAUUUUUAUGAUUGUAAGGAAUGAAAAGUUUUAUUUUGCUGAAUAUAUCAACAAUUUCACACAUCCUAUAAAAAAAGAAUGUCUGGAAAUUGUCAUCAGAAAUGUCCAGAAAAUGUCCAGAAGUCUGGAAAAUUGCAAUAUUCCGGAUGCUAAGAUAUUGUGAAUUUCCGGAAAACGUCUAAGCCUAGUACCCAGAAAGUGUCCGAAAUAUUGACAUUUUUC